AUGAUCGUUUUACCUGAUACCCCACCCUCUCCAAAGACAUGGAAACUCGAUACAUCAACUCAGUUUUUUAGUCAAUUGUCUGCACUCCGUUCAUCUCUUGAUGCUAGUGCCCCCUCUACUUACAGUGAUUCGGUCAGGUUAGUUGCUCAACUCGAAGAAUAUUUGGAGGGAAUCUUUCAGCUCUUGCUAUCGGAAGAGAAUAUUUCAGAAUUGAAGGGAGCUACAACUUUUUCACUGUCAUUGGUUGUCUGCAAAUCAGUCCCCUGGGAGAAUGUGAUCAGCGCUCUGGAAAAGAAGAAUGAACUCAAGCUACGUUCUAAUAAUGCGGAAAAUUGCUUAUGGACUCUAGCUUGUGAAAUCGAGACAGUGAUCACUGCAAUCUCAUUUGCCUAUACCAGGUUAGGUGCUGAGAUCACAAAUGAACUUUGUGAGUCCGAUAGUCAAGAUGUGCAAACGGACGACAAGUGGAAGCUGGUGACAAAUUUUUACAAGAAAGCAAUAGCAAUGGCGUAUUUUGGAUCAGAAUUUGCACAACACGCAUCUGCGCCACUUUUGGACUCACGGGUAUUUAUCUUGUUGGAUAGUAUAGGCAAUAUUGGUAUCCAGACGUCUAUCUUAUGCAAGUUUUCCACGUUAAAUCGAAACUUGUACAAUGAUCAAGAUAAAUUCACUGAUGGAAACAAUGCUGUUUUAUGUCGAGUUGCUAUUUGGAUUCUUGAUGAGAUUAAGAAAUGCCAACGUUUGUCUUCCGAAAUGACUCCUACGGGAGAUCUUAUGGUGCCCAAAACAGACAAGUGGGACCAAUACUUCAAACUAUUCUCUCGGUAUGCAUCUGCGUACGCUGGUCUCUUUCUUUCAAUCGAGUACUAUCAGAAGGGACAACUUGGCAUGGCUAUCGGUCUCACUAAUUUUUCACUACUCUCGCUUCAAAGCAAAAAGCUAAACACCGAUUACAAACGCAACAAAAUAAUGGUCCGAUUUAAGGAAAAAUUUAGGGGAAAGAAGAAUGAACAUUAUAUCUCGCGAUUACAGUCUACCACUACCCUUUGUUGCGAUAAAUCAGUUUUUCAAGCACUGCUGGGAAUCGUACUCAGUGAUGUUGCACUUCUUUUUGACUUGUUGGUCCAAUGCAGACUAAAAUACACAAAAGAGAAUGACAACCUCACUUUUGACGAUGUUGUUGAUUGGCAGGAUAUACACAGUGAUAGCAAGUGGCCAAUUGGCUGUAAGAUUCCUGUCUCCACCGUCAAUUCAUUUACGCCUAAGGCACUUCAAAAAGAGCCACCCGACGGCUUGAAAUCAAAUUUCACGGGCCGUGGUAGCUAUUAUUAA